AAUGAAAGACGUCGUCUACUUUCUCAUCUUAAUUUAUCAGACAGUAACAAUACUUUGUGUAGAGUAUGCUGAGGAAGGUAAUCUAAUAAGGAAUGGUCCAGCUUUUCAAAGUACUACUUGGGAUGGUCACUGGGCUUACAGAGGGAAUGACUAUCCUAUUCAUAUUGGCUAUGUUGGUCAAAAAUACUAUUGCACUCACACCAGUCACGACGCACGUUAUGGUUGGUGGAUGGCAGAUUUAAAGAAAAGUUACAACAUAAAUAGAAUCUGUUUGUUAAAUAGAGAAGUGUUUCCUGAACGUUUGAUAAACUUUAAUAUAACUGUUAAGAAAAAUCUUUAUGAUCAACACGAAAAUAUUUGUAAAGCUACUCAGACUACUUCUGUAAAAAUAGCAAACACUGUUAAUGAUUAUGAAUGUUUCAAUUGUCUAUCAAAUUCUAUUGGGUCAUUUCUAAAAAUAAAUCAAGUUAACAAUGCUAUUCUAACACUUUGUGAUGUAAAAGUCUAUGGGGAAUUUGUUGAGGAGAGAGAUUAUGAAGUCAUCAAUUCAUCAAAUUUCAAAAGUUUCCACAAAGAUUUUAUCAUAACUGAUCUUAUUAACACGGAAUGUUUAACAGCAUUUCAACAAAUUUCAGAAUCAGACCUCUUUAUUAGAAUAAAUUUCCAAAAUCAAGUAGAUGUUUUAGGAGUUUUCAUUUUAGCCUCAGAGAAGAAAGAUGUUCCUGCAACAUUCCAAAAUAUUUACAUAUCUAUCAGUGAUUCACCUCAAACUAUUUUUAAUCCCAAGGCAAAUUUUCUUGUUAAGGAUUAUAACUCAAGUUUUAAUGGUAAUCAUGCAACACACACAUUCUUUACAAAUUCAUCUAUCACCGGAAGUUACUUGCUAAUUAAUUCUUAUGAUAAGACUGGUUUAAGAAAUGUAUAUAUGUUGGAUAUUUGUAGCUUAACAAUUUAUGGCCAUUCUAAUAGAAGUGCAAAAGAGAACAUUAAACAUAAAGUGGAGGCAAUUACUAAAGGAUCCAAUGAUAUUAAAGCAAUUCUAACAGAUGAUAUUUACUAUUUUCAAGGAAUUACUAAUUAUGUUAGCCUACUUCCCAGUGAAAUGAUAAAGAUAGAAUUUUCCUCAGUGUCUGUCAAGUUAGCCUGUAUAACUGUUUUAAAUAUGACAUCAACAUCUGUCAUCAAUAUUGAACUAUCUAAAUCAGCAAUAAUUGUUAAUACUACUACAAUAGAAGUGGAAAAUACAAUUUUAAUAAGCCAUACCCUAUGCACUGAAUAUUUGAAUACUGUAGCGACAUCUAUAGUACUAGAUUCGAAUGAAAUUGAAAGGUUAACCGAAGUUGAUAUAAUUUCUAACCGUAAGUAA